GGCCCCCUCGUCAUCGACCCCGACGACGUCGAGACAACGAUUGUGAACGUCCCCGGCGACCUCAAGACUCCUCAAGAUCUUGCCUCAAUCGCACACUUAAAGUCGAUAUGGCCUCCGAAGUCGUCAGGUACCGCACCGAGACUGUCACCGACAGCGACGAUAUUGCGCCCGGUGACAUUGUUGCCGUCCAGCACUCGCAGUACGGCAAACGUGAAGGGUUAGUAGUAGGUUCGCACUAUGACUAUGCAGGAAGACUGAUCGUUGAAGUCCAGAUGGAACCCGGCGACGUUUAUCACACCUGGGCGCCUACCGUGACGAGGAUAAAGCGCACCAUCUACCGCACGCCUACGAAGCACCGGACGAUCGAACGUCAUAUCUACUGGUGACGCACAAAUCCAACUGUGAUAUGGAAGUGCGAUUUUCACCAUAAGGGCUCGUCCUUGGCUCCUCCCCCCUCACGUCGUGGACCCUACACGGCGUUUGCACGGUUACCUCCGGUACAUGUCUUUCCAACGUGUACCCCAGGAUUGAUUUUCGGUUCUCCGGUCCUUGUAAGCCAGUGCAGUCGUUCCAUUCACAUCGAUGUGCGUGUAGGCAUACGAGAGACUUUUCCCUUGCUAGUUGCGUAACUUAUCGAAGUGAGCUGGGUUUAUUCUACAUCUCCUUCCUGUCCUCUAUUCCCAUUCAAAAGGACUAUAUCCAAACUUUAGAUUGCUACGAUUGUAAUGAUAUGUAUUGGGGCGUGCGCGAGGUGAGUAUGGAUGUGAUGUAGUUAUAGGGUUGUCAAUGCAGUUUAAUCCGCCUCGCCGAGAGUUCCGAGC